AUGUCUUUUAGAUAUAGAAGGAAACUAUAUGAACACCUUAUCCUUAUUAGACUAAAUGAAGAACUUGAUCGAAUAGGAACUCUUUCAGCGCGCCAAUAUGGUUUUCGAAAAGGUAGACAAACAAUACAUGCGAUCGAACAUGUACUUCUUAUUGCCAGACAAGCAGCAGAUUAUGCACCAAAUAAUAGAAAAUUAUGUGCAGUAAUUACUCUAGAUGUGCAAAAUGCGUUCAACAGUGCUUCGUGGCAGAUCAUUCUGGACGAAAUGCAAAAAUGGGGUAUAAGUUCGUCUCUGACUAACAUGGUGGCAUCUUAUCUCUCUGAAAGGACAAUUUUAAUUGAAGACGAUACUGCUAAAAGGCACAUUAACGUAACCAGUGGAGUGCCACAGGUGUCAGCUCUAGGUGUCAGUGCUUGGCCCAACACUAUGGAAUAUCCAGUACAACGACCUACUGGAAACGGCAAUGCCCGAAGGAGUAACACUAAUCGGCUUUGCCGAUGA